AAGAUAGUACGCGAAGUAGAGAAACAUAGCUCAUGAGCACUAAAACCCUACAAGCACAGCUCAGUUAACUCCGACCCAGUCUCUCUCUCAUGUCACCGGCGGAACUAAAACCCCAGAAUCCCAACCUCCACAAUAACAAAUCAGUCAAUCGAUAAUGGCGGCCGCGUCGAGAGGCCUCAUUUCUCGUCUCAGGCACCUCCUCUCCGCUGACCCAGCUCUGAGAUCCCUAUCCUUUGCCGCUAACGCCACCCAGUUGCGGAGCUUCACCGCCGAGCCAGAAUUUGAAACCACCACACCCCGAAUCAUCGAGCCCAAACCCGGCGUUAUGACUCACGAUUCCAAGCGUACUGGCGCCAUCGCCGUUAAAUGUGGAAUGACGGCACUCUGGGACAAGUGGGGCGCCAGGGUUCCUAUUACCAUUCUCUGGAUGGACGAUAACAUCGUUUCCCAAGUCAAACUUCCCGAAACUGAAGGCCUUUGUGCGCUUCAGAUUGGAUGUGGACAAAAAAAAGAGAAGCAUUUGAGAAAGCCUGAAGUAGGUCAUUUUAGAGCUCAAGGUGUGCCCAUGAAAAGGAAGCUCAGGGAAUUUCCAGUGACUGAGGAUGCUCUUCUUCCUGUCGGAACGACACUAGAUGUCCGCCAUUUUGUUCCAGGGCAAUAUGUUGAUGUAACCGGAAUUACAAAAGGGAAGGGGUUUCAGGGUGGUAUGAAAAGGUGGGGAUUCAAAGGUAUGCCUGCAUCACAUGGUGCAUCAUUAUCACACCGAAGUAUUGGCUCUACUGGUCAAAGGGAUGCGCCAGGAAAGGUUUUUAAGGGAAAGAAGAUGCCUGGUCAUAUGGGUGUUGAACAGAGAACAGUUAAAAAUGUUUGGAUUUACAAAAUUGACCCAGCAAGGAACUUGUUGUGGGUGAGAGGCCAGGUCCCGGGCGCAACAGGAAAUUUUGUUUUCAUAAAAGAUGCUGUGUACAAGAAGCCAAACAUUGCUUUGCUUCCAUUUCCUACUUAUUUUGCAGCAGAAGAUGAGGACCCAACACAAUUGGAACCUAUAGUAGCUGAUUAUGGUGAUAUAGACCCCUUCAUGGCAGCAGAUUGAGGGCAAGCUUUGCUGCAUGUGAUUUUUUGAUUCGGUUUGGACUUUUGAAGAAUUAGAGCAAGCUUCAAUGAAGAGGGCCAUUUUGAAAUGGUGUUUUUAUGAAUUGUAUUUGGUUUAAGGAUACAAGAUUAAAAUAGGAGAUCCAAGGGUUGCGAUAGUUGUAUUAGAACUCAAUCCUGGAUUAUCUUGUUUUGCAAGUUUCUCUAAUAAAUACAUGAGAUACUUAGGGCAAA